UUUUGUUUCUUAUUGACUGCUGCUCAACUGAUAGGCUUAUCUUUGCACUGGUGUUUCUUGAAAUUCUUGAUUCUUGAUACAGAUAAAAUUUGCUACUUUUUAUAUGUUCUUGGGCAUUGUCUCUUUAUUCUCAAUUUCAGUGGUGAUGUUUUCAAAAUCCCAAUUUUGGCUGAUGCUUUAAGUGGUAAUCAGAGUUACUGAUGGCAUCGUCAGCCACUUUCAAUGUUCCAAUUCUUGUUUCUGCCUUUAAUAAGACUAGCCAUGCGCCUAUUUCUUCCAGGAAUUUUAUCUUAAGGACUUGUUCACUACCAUCACACGUCAGACAAAGAUCAAUCUGCUGCUUCCAAUGCACAGGAAGAUCUGGCAGUGUUAUUGACUUAGGAUGGAAAGAAGUCAAGCAAUGGCAUUCAAGCCUGAGAGGUUUCUUCAUGUGUAAAGUGCAACAACAUGAUGCUACCAGUGAGGAGAAUGAAGAAAAUAUCUCACAAGCUACUUUGAUAUGGAGGGCAAUCAAAUUGCCAAUAUACUCUGUAGCCUUAAUUCCUCUAACUGUGGGGAGUGCAGCUGCUUAUUUGCAGACAGGCCUCUUUUCUGCUAGGCGUUAUUUUAUGCUGUUGGCAUCUUCAGUUUUUAUUAUCACUUGGCUUAAUUUAAGCAACGACGUUUAUGAUUUUGACACAGGAGCUGAUAAGGACAAGAAAGAGUCAGUUGUGAACAUUGUUGGCAGCCGCACAGGAACAUUCGUUGCUGCUUGCUUGUUACUUGCCCUUGGCUUCUUGGGGCUUACUUAUACAUCUGUGGAGGCUGCAAAUCUACGUGCUAUAUUACUAUUAGCUUCUGCAAUUACUUGUGGUUACAUAUAUCAGUGCCCACCUUUUCGGUUAAGUUAUCAAGGUCUAGGGGAACCCUUGUGCUUUGCUGCAUUUGGUCCUUUUGCUACGACUGCCUUUUACUUGCUUCAAAGCAACACCAGUGAGCUCCCAAUCACAUAUACAACACUUUCAGCAUCAGCACUUGUUGGUUUCACAACAUCACUUAUCCUGUUCUGUAGUCAUUUCCACCAGGUAGAAGGGGAUAAGGCCGUGAGGAAGUUUUCUCCACUGGUUAGGCUUGGUACUGAAGCUGGUUCUAGAGUUGUAAAAGUGGGUGUGGCAACACUCUAUUCAGGGAUGCUUCUUCUCGGUUUUACUCAAACACUUCCGUUAACAUGUAUUAUUCUUUGUGCUUUAACAAUACCAGUGGGAAAACUCGUAGUUAGCUAUGUGGAGAAGAACCAUAAGGACAAAGCAAAGAUCUUUAUGGCAAAGUAUUACUGUGUGAGACUUCAUGCUCUAUUUGGAGUGGCUCUGGCUGCUGGCUUGGUAGCUGCUAAAAUGGUUGCUAGAUAUCCUGUUCCAAAACCAAUAUAGGAUUCAUCAGGAAUACACAUUGUCGCUGAGAGACCUGAAAAGCAUCAAGGAGCAAUUUCUUUUACAAACUCAGUCUCUUUUGAAUUCAAAUUACAAGAUGAACUUUCUACAGAAGGGAAUGGAAAAAAGAUUCAAAGCUUCUUGGCAAUAGCCUGCCUGCUCGAUCCAAUGGACAUUGGAUUACUUGAACUGCCCUUAGUUCAGUAAAUUUCCAAAAUUCUUUUUGAGUGUAUUAGACUUGAGCACUAAGAAGAACUUUCAAGAAAUGCAUGAAUGUGAUGCAUCAAUAAUAAAUUAGUGUUUCCUGAUGACAAUUAAUUAAUAAUAUAGGUUACAUUAUGUUUGCC